UACACACCAGCAGCACCGUACUGACAGGUGUACUGGACUCAACAUGGCCACUGCCACUGAACUGUUGUCGUUGACAACACCAAGCCAUUUGUAAGGGCUCUGUAUAGCUGUACACCGUACAUGGAUCCGGAUCGUAUGCACGGUAUUUUCGUAACUCUAUCCACCUCACAUUUCCGGCUAUUAUGAGCUAUAGCCGUGGUGUACGUACGAGCUGAUCGGAUUAAAAACAAAAAAAAAUCAAGAGGGCCAGCCCGCUGCGGUAGCCAAGCAAGCGGCUACGUACACAUUGUUCGUAUAGAUCUGUGUAGACUCUAGAUCUACAUGUAGACUGUGUCUGACUCUGAGACUGUAGUUAAACAACAUAGAUUUCUAGGUCUAGAUCUGGGUCACACGAUAAAUGAGCAACUUUGACUUUUUACUAGUUAGCCUACACUCUACAGCACUUCCAUUUUGUUUGUGAAUUAUGGACUGAGGUACGUGAUAACAUUAACAAUCUUGCAUUUUGGUGGACUACAUUGCUUCAUGGGAAUGGUGAAAAGAUGGGACAUUCAGAGCAAUUGAGUGCUAGAACCUCCGUCCUCAUCCAGAAAUGAAAUGCCUCAUCAGUUAUCUCGUUUAUAGAUCUUAGAGGAGAAAACCAGUGAAGAUGACGGAGGAUAAAACUCUCUUUGUGUAUGAUUACGUCAAUCUGAAGAACAGGCAGCUUGUUCGAAAAAAUGGCAAGAAACGUAGCCUGGGUGACGUGAACAGCAAGUAUCGUUACCAUGCCCCUCAGCAGACGCAGAGCGUGAUGGGCUCGCUCAUCAGUCUGGACUUCCCCGAGACCAGGGCCAUCAACACCAAGUCAGCCGAUGCCAUCAUCUCAGACCAGAGCCAACAGAUCAGGAACACCUACCGCAAGACGUUCAGGGCAUCAACGCUGGAUGCAUGGAGUAAACCUGAGCCAUCCCUUGAUAACAGACCUUAUAGCAGUUUAGAAAAUCGACCCCAGACUGCCCCUGACUUAUUGCAAGAUCUACAGCCACAGGUUAAUAAUAAUAGAAUAGACAACAACAACAGCAGGCCUCACACGACAGGGAACCGCACCCCGUCCCGGAAGCCUCCCCACCCAUCCGGCUUCAUGGUGGUCAAGAUGAAACCCGACGGUUCGGUCAAGAACAUGGGCUUCAAGAGCGUGACCCAAGAGAUACGAGAGUGGUGGGAGGAGGAUGAUAAGAGACAACGGGACAAAGCACGCAAGGCACAAAGCCAGAACUCGAAGCGCUACGACUCGUUUGCAGGGCAGUGGCUCAGCUUUGCAGGAGAGAACGAGGAAUCCGAAGGAGUCAUAGAGGCGUUCACAGGCAAAGUCGCCAAGGAUGAGUUUUACAACAUCGAGAGCCGAGUCGGAGCCAGCGUAGCCACCCAACUGAAGAAUGGCAACAAGGUCAGGGUAGGGGUCAACGGCACUCUCCAGUCCAACAGUCUCAGGGUCAAGAAGUGGAAGAAUGACCCAGAGAUCAAGGAUAAGACCGUUGAAGACAUCUUUAGGGAAGCCCGAGCCAAGGCACCAAGUCCAGCGCCCUUCAGGAAAGAAAGGGAAGGCAAGACCAGGACCAGAGCAGUGGAGGACCUGGUCCCGCUGUCCUGGACAGACCAGGUUGCCAAGCCUAACGUAAAGGUCCUGGGACUCUGCGAAGCAACUAGUCCACCUGCACGAGCUGAUCUCUCUGAACGUCACCCUGUGGUUUUCCAUCCCCUGAUGAAAGAUGGCAGCAAACCGCAGCGUAGCAUCAAUCUGGGGAAGUACCGCAUCAACCAACAAAGCAGGUCGAAGAUCGGUAUCGACGGUGCCGAAAGCCUCAACAACAGGAUCACCCACGUUACUAUUGACCAGAUUGACAGAGCUGAUAGCGAGUACAGAGAGUUAACAGAUGCAGACUAUGAGAAUCUCCUGAAGGAAAAGCUACGAUCAGUCAGCAUGGAAGCGGAGUCGGAGGAGAAUGAGGAGGACGAUGCGAUCUUGGAAAGUGUCGGUCCACGAAGGACCGCUGAAGAUCUGCGGGAGGCAUCCGCGUACAGCAUAGGCAAGGAGAGUGACAUGUCUGGACUUACUGUAGACAAGCCUGCCACAGUUCGAUCCCAAGGAUCUGCAGAUUUGAUGGGUGCAACCCAGCACGGCUCCCGUCCCGAGAGGCCGUACGUCCGUCAGGUCGCGAGUGCGAUGCCCGGUACGAGACAGGCACGUUCUAAUGACGCGCAAUUGAGUGCGCCACCUAGGAGCAUGAUCAGAUCGGCAGGAUCGCAGAGGAUACAACCACCUAUGGACACUACCGGUCAGAGAUUGGGAGCCAGAUCUGCUGGAUCACAGAGGGCACUGUCCAGUGCCUCCAGCAGAAUUAAGUACUCAUUUGACCAGAAGGUGACACCAAGGACUGCCCAAAGUCCGAGACCUAACCUCGCCAGACCCGGACACCUACCUCGCUCCAAGGUGUCCAGUAUCAGCACAGGUCCACAAGAAGGUGAUUCGGAGUACAUCAAGUUCUCACAGCAGAUCUUGAAACCGGGUGAAGGCCAGGGCCAUGAUCCUGGUAUGAAUGCCAUACACCAGUUCCACGACUUGACUUACGGACAAUUUGAAAGCAUGAGAAAUACGUCCAUAAGUAGCAUGGAUGAUGGGGGAUCCGUGGACAGCAUGAACGUGCAUCGAGGAGAUCCUCGCCAGGAGAAAGCCCACUAUCACGAAGAUGGCACCAAGUGCACCUGUUCAGCUGAAGCCAAGCGUGUCAUGUCUGCCGCACUCUCAGCCAUGACACGUGUCUCUGGGGAUCACUCGGUCAUCAACAUUCCGACAGCUCCGAUGACUCCAUCUGAUUCAGACAGAAACUCUUUAUCAGACAUGGAUCCUCUGUCCUCAACGUCCUCAUUCCACAGAGCGUCUUUGGGCGAGGAAGAUUGGAAGGAAUCGUCCUUUGAUCAGAGCGGUUACCAUGCCCCUGAAUACCAACACCAAGGAACUGAAGGGGAUUCCCCCACACCAUCCAAGGAGAUGGUCAUCAACAGACACGAUGGUCUCGAUUCUCUCGGGAUCACACCCCCUCGCUCGGCCGGCAAGAAGCGCACCGUCAAGUUCUCUGACGAGAUCGAGGAGCCGUUCGUCCCGUACACCUCGCCGAUCUCCACCCCGCGUGAUCCUCAACAUCCAGGCUCCGCAGAGGGCAGUCUUCACUCUGGUGAAUUUGUUCACUCUGACAACCGCCCUGAUCUCACAGCUUCCAGCAUGAUGUCGGGAGAGGCUUCGGGAGAGUUGAGCGUACUGAGAGCCAAGAUCAAGGCAGAUUUGCAGAAAACUCAGGCUGAAACCGAACAAGAUCUUAGAGGGAUGAAAUCACCAGCACCUGGCGUUUGAUCAGGGGGGCGUUUAACAAAACUUGUCAUCAGUGACAAAUGACAGCUUUUGUUAUAAGCUACUGAAAUCCUUGCUUCUAAUUGGUUGUCAACAGAUUUGUCACUGAUUUCUGUCAUUUGUCAUUGAAAAAAGGCUUUGUGAAAUGGGUCCCUGAUGGUACCUUGUUGCCAGUUUUCCUGGUUUAUACCUGAUUUCUGGCCCUGACAUCUCUCAGCUUUCUCAGGCUUUUCAUGUUGUUCAAAACAUAUGGCUCCUACAUGUAUUUCUUGCUUUUCAGGGGCUCUUUGGUUAAAACCAGCUACUGUAGAACUCUGAAAAGAGUUGAAAGAAAUCUUUGUUGUAGACUUAUAACAUUUCUGGCAAGUUUCUAUCAAUACCUUUCAUAACCAUGUGUAACACGAGUUUAAAGAUCGAGUGGUGCAAGCGAGAUUGUAUGGGAAGAAGAAUGUGUAUUGAAAGGUUGUAUUGGGUAAAUGCUACAUCACUUUAUACAGUCCCUUUAGACGAGUGCAGAAGAUCAAACUGGGUCCUUUAUCUAUAUUUUGUAUAGCAAGAUUCUAGGCCUCUGAUUGGUCAAAACCCCAGGCAUGAAAUUUGCUACUGGCUGCCGGGCGGUAUAGGUUUAAACAAAUAUUAACCUGGAAUAGUUUUACUCGAGUGUACAAUCCGAGGAUGCAAUGGUUACGCAUGAAGAUAACAAGAGGUACACUUAGAGAGACAUGCGCAUUGGUCUUAUUAAACAGGUAAAUUUCUUUGACUUUACAAAUAUUUCUUUUUAAAUGGCAUAUUUCGUUGAAUUACAUUUUUUUUCAGAUGCGGUAUAUAAAACAUAUAUUAAAUGCUUAAUUAUUUGGGUCACGCUUUAUUACUAUAACUGUUCAGUGAUCUGGAGACUGCACUGUACCCCUCGACUAUGUCUCGGGGAACAGUACAGUUUGGAUAUUACUUUGGGCAGUAGUUUUAACCGUGUCCCUCAGAGCAUUCAAUAUUUGUGAACUAAUAAUAAACAGAUUAGUAUUUUGGAGAGUGAUUUGUUGGAAUGAUGAUAUAUGUCUCAUUGUCCAUGCUAAUCUGUUACUAAAUUCGGUGUAAAAAUUACCUUUUUGCAA